GGGGAAGAAGCGCCUCUCCGAGGGGGUCAUUGGUGGGGAGUGUCCGCUAAGCUGCCCCCGUGGAGCUCCCGCAGCACCGGCCGCGUGGGUGCCAGCUCGGCUCUGUCCUGCAGGGUGCUGACCGCUGGCACGGCCCCCGGCGCCAUGGCCCACAGCGCCAAGCAGCUGCCGGCUGGGAUGCUACAUGCCACAGGCAAAGCUCAUCAUGGAAACUUCCUGGUGACCAUCAAGCAGGAGAAGGGAGAGUCGGCACAGAUGAGUGGUGAGAAGCUGCAUGGUGAGGAGGAGCCGGUGAAGAAGAGGGGCUGGCCCAAGGGCAAGAAGAGGAAGAUGAUCCUUCCCAACGGCCCCAAAGCCCCUGUGACAGGCUAUGUGCGGUUCCUGAAUGAGCGGCGUGAGCAGAUCCGCACACAGCAUCCUGACCUGCCCUUCCCGGAGAUCACCAAGAUGCUGGGGGCUGAGUGGAGCAAGCUGCAGCUUUCAGAGAAGCAGCGGUACCUGGAUGAAGCAGAGCGGGAGAAGCAGCAGUACAUGAAGGAGCUGUGGGAAUACCAGCAGUCAGAGGCCUACAAGAUGUGCACGGAGAAGAUCCAGGAGAAAAAGAUUAAAAAAGAGGACACAGGCUCUGCAGCAGUGAACAUCCUGCUGAAUGGGUACCCGCACAAGGCUGGCGAGUGCAGUGACGCCUUCUCCACCUUUGAUGUGCCCAUCUUCACAGAGGAGUUCUUGGACCAAGACAAAGCCCGGGAGGCUGAGCUGCGGCACCUGCAGAAGAUGAACAGGGAGUUUGAGGAGCAGAAUGCCAUCCUGCAGAAGCACACGGAGAGCAUGAACUGUGCCAAGGAGAAGCUGGAGCAGGAGCUGGCCCAGGAGGAGAGGCAGACCCUGGUCUUGCAGCAGCAGCUCCAGUCUGUGCGGCAGGCCCUCACUGCCAGCUUUGCCUCCCUCCCCAUCCCUGGCACUGGGGAAACCCCCACACUGAGCACUCUGGACUUCUACAUGGCCAAACUGCACAGCGCCAUCGAGAGCAAUCCGCUGCAGCAUGAGAAGCUGGUGGUGCACAUCAAGGAGAUCCUGUCACGGAUAGCUAGCGAACACUUGUGAAGAGGCCCAGUCUGUCCUGGAGCCUGGGGCUGGCUGGACCACAGCCCUGUCCCUUGGAGCUCAUGUGAGGUACAGUCUUUGCUGGUGGUCCGGCUGCUUCCCCCUCCACCCCAUGCACCUCACUGGAGAAGUGGGCUGGGACCCUCCCCAGCCUCAGUGCAGCUUGGCCCUGUGGCCACAGCAUCUCUGAGGACCUUGAGCUUCUGGGGACCAAGCAGUGACAGGGCUGAGAGACCCCAGCUGGUGCGGUGCUGGGCGAGGUGGUCAGUGGUGGGUGUGAGCACAUCCCCCUGCUCUCCUGUGAGCUCCCUAGCUCCUGCAGCUCUGCCUCGCUGAGCCAGAGGCUCCCCAAAGGCUGUCUGGUGGCAUAUGAGGUGCCUGCAGGUUACUUGGCCUGGAGUGAAUCAGCCUCUUCCAGGGUGACCCAGGUGCUGCUGUUAACAGGCCUGUGAUGAAAGGGAGGCAGCUGGGUACCCUGGGAGCCCCCGGGGCUUGGCACUGCCUCCUGGUCCCUAGAUCAGCCCAUGGAGCCUCUUGGUCCCCUGUCCUGCAGCGGGUGAGGUGGCAGGCUUCCUUCCCCGUGCCUCUUUAAUCUUCCCCUUUCUGCUCCCCUGUGGGUUCCUUCAUCCCCCUGCUGCUGUCACCCUGCCUGUUACCUCUCCUUCCCCCAUACCUCUGGGACCAGGCAGGGCAGCUCCUGCCCUCUGCAGCAGUGAAGGCAAAAAGAACUCUUCAUGCUUGAGGAGGAGCUGGGACUGACCCCUUCUUCCCCGUGGCAGGGAGCCCAUGGGGCAGUCAGUGCACAGGCUUUUGGCUCCUACCUCCCUGCCUGAGCCUGUCCUGCAUUGUGGAAGCACUGUGAUGGCAGCUGUGUCCUGGCUGUGCUGUGCUCGGGUUGGCCAGCCUCAGGGCUGCCUGUCACUAAUCUUGGACUGUGUAAUUAGAGAGCAUCUUAUUUUCUUACUAGCACUACAUUGAUCUGGCCCUGGCUUUAACCCAGGGCUGGUGUGUGACUGCUUUUCUCUCGCUUGUGAGGUCCAUGCUCUGUAGAUGAGUUUCCUGGUUGCCAUCUCCUGGUGGCCACUUGGCUUGGGAUUGAGAUGGGAGCAAAUAAAUGUGGGAGAAACAACCA